AGAUAAAGGCUACUGUGAUUGGCUGAGAAAAGUGCGAGCAAUAAUCAUAGAUGAAUGUUUGAUGGUUAAUGAUGACCUUCUCGAUUCUAUCGUCCACCUAUUUACAAGAAGUGAAAUAACCGAACUGGGUAAAGUGUAUUUCAUAAUCACUGGUGACUUUUUCCAACUUCCACCAGCAUCGGGUAAGGAUGAUGCGGUACGGUUAUUCUCACAGAAACGAUUUCGUAAUGAGUACAACAACGAUCGUAUAAAUCGAUUACCAGAAAAGGAUAUGAUCAUAACCAGGCUCGAUACAUCAGAUUACAUAAAGGAGAUUCAUAAUAUUGAUUCUAGCUUACGAACGAUAAAACAAAUGACAAGUAGUCAAGAUUCAAGA